AUGGAGAGGAAGAGCAAGGGCCGGCAAAAGAUCAAGAUGAUGAAGAUGGAAAGCGAAAGCAACCUCCAAGUGACUUUCUCGAAACGCCGCUCAGGCCUCUUCAAAAAGGCCAGUGAGCUUUGCACCUUGUGUGGUGCCGAGGUCGCUAUCAUCGUAUUCUCACCGGGAAAGAAGGUCUUCUCCUUCGGUCAUCCAUCUGUGGAGCCAAUUAUUGAUCGGUUUCUCACCCCAAACCCACCUCAAAUAAAGUCCGGCACACUCCAAUUGAUCGAGGCACAUAGAAACGCCAGCGUCCGGCAGCUCAACAUGCAACUCACGCAGAUCACGAACCAACUGGAGGCCGAGAAGAAGCGUGGGGAGGAACUGAAACGAAUGCGCCAAGCAAGCCAGGGACAGUGCUGGUGGGAGGCGCCUAUUGAACAGCUAGGGCUGCCACAACUCGAGCAGUUGAAGUUAUCUCUGGAGGGGCUGAAAAGGAACGUGGCAAAGCAGUCGGACAGGCUCCUAUUUCAGACUUCAAAUCCUCCUCCUGCUCAGUUUUACGGAGCAGGGAGUUCCAUAAACCAAUCACCAAUCCCUUUGGACACAAAGAUCCCUUAUUAUGCAAAGAAUAUGAAUGCUGGGUACAGUGGGAAUGCGAUGCCCCGCGUAUAUAAUCUUGGAUAUGGACGUGGGUUUUUCUGA